CUUCACCCUUGGCAAACUGAUUGCCAGAGCAUGCUCCGGCGCUGCAAUGCUUCUGCCUGCUCAUCUUUAGCUCCUUGUAGUCUCUCCCGCCCCUCUUCCACCCUUCCACUUCGCUGCACUGCAUUGUCCGUACCCGGCCGCAAUUCCCUCCGCCAACAGCACUGUGGACCACGUUUUCACCGACCAGUAGCCAUGGCGCCUAAGCAGGCUACUCUGGGAAAGUUCUUCGGGAAGCCGAACGGCACGGUAGCAUCGAAGCCGCAGCAGUCGAAGCUCUCAUUCGCUACGAAGUCGAAAACUACAAAGAAAGAUGAGGAGCCCGAAGAAGAGCCCAUGUCGUCGCCCGAGGAAUUGAAGAAGGAGAAUGGAGAUACGAAAGCCGGUGCGGAGGUCAAAGAAGAGGCGGACGUCAACGCUAUGGAGCUCGACAGCUCUCCCUCUGAAGCCGGCAAGAAAAGGCAGGUAGAAGAGGAGGAACAAGACUCUGAUGAUGCGCCGCCGACCAAGAGGCAGCGCAGGAAGCCGGCCAAGCCGAAGGCGGAGAGUGCGAAGAAAUCGAAAGCUGCGCCCAAGAAGACGGAGAAGGCUGCUCUGAAGCAGAAGAAGGCGCCUGUAAAGACUAAAGUUGAAGAGCCUGAGGACGAGGAGGAGGAGGUUUCGGCGCCACCUAAGGUCGCCAAGGGCAAGAAGGAGGUCGAGAAGUCUCCUAUCGUGGAAGAGGAUGGAGAGUCAAGCGCAAAGGAGGAUGAGGAGGUUCUCAGCUCAGACGAGGAACCUCCGGCAGCGAAAGCUAAGGCCCGCGAGAAGGUUCAGACUACGCUUAAGAACACGACGAAGGAUCCAUAUCCAGAUUGGAAACCUGGCGAGCCCGUACCGUACGCCGCGCUCUGCACGACGUUUUCGAAGAUCGAGAUGACGACGAAGCGGUUGGAGAUCCUAGCCCAUUGCUCCUUGUUCCUCCGGCAAGUUCUACGACUCACCCCUUCGGAUCUUCUGCCGACCAUUCUGCUUAUGAUCAACAAGCUUGCGGCUGAUUACGCUGGUAUUGAACUUGGCAUUGGCGAGUCCCUGAUCAUGAAGGCCAUUUCUGAGAGCACUGGCAGAAGCCUGCAACAUAUCAAGAGUGAUCAGAACGAGAUCGGUGACCUUGGUCUCGUUGCGGCGAAGAGCAGAUCUAAACAGCCGACCAUGUUCAAGCCAAAACCUCUCACCGUUGCGGGAGUGCACAAGGGUCUCAUGACCAUUGCCACCACUGAAGGACAAGGUGCUCAGGGCCGAAAAGUAGAUGGUAUCAAGAAGUUGAUGUCUGCUGCCGACGCGCAUACUGCGGGCAAGGCUGUCGAUAUCGAGAAAGACAAAGGUGGGCCUAGUGAGGCGAAGUAUAUUGUCCGCACGCUGGAGGGUAAGCUGCGACUCGGUCUCGCAGAGAGGACGGUCUUAGUUGCCCUAGCACAGGCCGUAAUCUUCCAUGAGAUGUCGCAGGAGGGUAAGGUGCCUUCUACCGCAGAUCUCGCCAAGGCUGAAUCGGUCCUGAAGUCCGUCUACAGCGAACUUCCGAGCUACGAAGUCAUCAUUCCAGCAAUGCUCGAGCAUGGCAUCCUGAACCUUCGUGAGAAUUGCCAACUGCAGCCCGGUGUACCCCUCAAGCCCAUGCUUGCAAAGCCGACAAAGUCUAUCACCGAAGUUCUCGACCGCUUCGACAACAAAGACUUCACAUGCGAGUACAAGUAUGACGGUGAGCGAGCUCAGAUCCACUUCGUUGCGCAUGAUGCAUUGGAGAGCCUUGCUACUGCUGCGCCAUUAGCAGGAAAGAGCGACAAGGGUGUCGCGAACAUCUUUUCGCGGAACUCUGAGGAUCUCUCGAAGAAGUACCCAGAUAUUCUGGCAAAGCUGCCGACAUGGGUCAAGGAGGGGACCAAGAGCUUCGUUCUUGAUUGCGAGACCGUAGCCUGGGAUAUGGUUGAGAAGAAGGUUCUGCCUUUCCAGCAGCUGAUGACGCGGAAGAGAAAGGACGUCAAGGUUGAGGAUGUGAAGGUCAAAGUCUGCGUCUUCGCAUUCGAUAUCCUCUACCUGAAUGGCGAGGCUCUCGUCAACAAACCCUUCCGAGAGCGACGUGAGGCCCUCACUAAUACCUUUGUGCCUGUAGAAGGCGAAUUCGCUUUCGCCAAGUACGGCAACAUCAACGAGCUCGAAGAGAUCCAAACUCUUCUAGAAGAGAGCGUCAAAGCCUCGUGCGAAGGGCUCAUGGUAAAGAUGCUGGACGGGCCCGAGUCCUCCUACGAGCCCAGCAAGCGCUCGCAGAACUGGCUCAAAGUCAAGAAAGACUACCUUUCCGGCGUUGGCGACUCUCUCGAUCUCGUCGUGCUAGGAGCCUACUACGGCAAAGGCAAGCGCACGAGCUGGUAUGGCGCCUUCCUGCUCGCCUGCUACAACCCGAACACCCAGAAUUACGAAACCGUCUGCAACAUCGGCACCGGUUUCUCCGAAGCCAUCCUCGAAACCUUCCACAAGCAGCUCUCGGAGAUCGUUAUCGACCGCCCGAAGCCCUUCUAUACGCAUUCCGCCGGCAAUAAAGACCAGCCGGACGUCUGGUUCGAGCCGCGCUACGUCUGGGAAGUCAAGACGGCCGAUUUGACGCUGUCGCCGCGGUAUAAGGCCGCCGCUGAUGAGGUUGGUGGUGGUGGAAAGGGGAUUAGUUUGAGGUUCCCGAGGUUUAUUAAGGAGAGGGAUGAUAAGAAGCCGGAUCAGGCGAGUACGUCGAGGAUGAUUGCGGAGAUGUACCAGAGGCAGGAGAGUGUGGCGAAAAAUAAAGGGCCGAGUGUGGAUGAUGACUUUGAGUAUUAGAUAGGAUGGGGACGAUGGCAUGGAACGGGUGGAUGGGUGGUCAUUUGUGCAUGAUGGAUAUGGCUGAUUCCUGGGAGUCGCGCUUGAGGGCAUGGUGGAAAAGGCCAUAGGUUAGGGAUUGCAUAGGCCAGUUCUGAAUACUCCUUCCGACAGUUUCUGCUAGACAUCCUCCCUGGACGAAAUGAAUAAAC